AGCUUUCGUCCUGCCUUGACACCCUCGCUAGUAUCUCUUCACGAAACUUAACCUUAUGGAGAACUAUGCCGGUCCAUCCACAUUUCAGUAUCCGGGUGGCUACGUGCCAUACCAGUACUAUGCCCAAUCUGCGACGCCAUAUGUGAACGCCCAGUUUCUCCAGAAUGGCGACACCCCCCAGCCUCAGAAUGGCGUACCAUUUCCAGCUGGAGCUUACCCAGUAACGGCGGCGCAAUAUGUUACUCCCUUACAAGCAACGGACGUACAGUUACCGUUGAUGCAACCUCCGCGUCUCGGUAGACCCCAGUACAUAUUGGAGCAAGAUACGAAAAAGACGCUCAAAUCUGCAAUGAAGAAACCGAAGAUGGCUUCCGCACCAGCUGUUCCGCUAGUCCGACGGCGUACGGGCUCAGGCGCAAGGCAGCGUACUCAAACCCUAUCCCGUCAACGCACCAACUCCAAUGCCGCACAGUAUGUCCCUGAUCAUAUAUUUGUCUCCUUCCAGGGUACCAACAAGCUUCGGGUCGAUAACGUUGUUCGUCGGGAUAUGUGUGAUCGGUUCGAUGACUACUUCAUCUCCAUGUCCGAUCUUGCGGGAACAACAUCCGAUCAUGGGCGGACUAGCUAUGAACUACUAUUUCCCCAUAGACUAUGGGAUGCUCGUGGUGAUGAUGCUCGACGCACAUACAAGGUCAUAUGCCGAUUAUUCAUGAUCCUGGCGGAAGAAGGAUUCCACUACGUGACAACGAUCGACGCCGGACAUACGAUGAAGCCUCCAAGACUCGUAUUUGCCAAUAUGCACAUCGCCUCCCCCCUCGAUUUCUUCUGUGCCGCCCUUGCAAAUGACGGGUACAACGUGAUGAUUUACCACGCUCCUCAACAAUUGGCUAUCAGACUCAGCCUUGCCAUGCGAGCGACAUUCAAGAACAAGCUGGAUGCAUCGGUAGAUGACAGCAAUGUUUGUAGUAUCCGAAUCAAGCCCCUGGAUGAUCCUACGGAUAAGCAUUUUAUCAUCUCGUAUCUAUUCAAGUACCUGUGCGACGAAGGCUACUAUAUCGAUGCAAGUGUUCCGCUGGGGCGGAAAGGCUUGUUUGGUCUCGGCGGUCGGCGGGAGGUCUGGAUGUUCAAGAGUAGCCCGCCGGCAACCGUAGCAUGAAGCUGCUUGCAGAUGGCUGAUAGGGUUCAGAUGAGGCUCACUCAUUCUGCUCAAAUUAUCUUCUUGGCGCGCUACCUGCGUU